AUGCUCUCAAUAUUACGCAAAGCAAGACUGAAAGAUAAAGAAAUGAGAAUUCUUAUGCUUGGGUUAGACAAUGCCGGCAAAACAACCAUUGUCAAGCAGAUUAUGAAAGAAGAUGUUACCACUGUCAGUCCGACGUUGGGAUUUAUUAUCAAGACUAUUGAUUUUCAGGGAUACAAGUUGAAUAUUUGGGACGUCGGCGGUCAAAAGACACUUCGCUCAUAUUGGAGGAAUUAUUUUGAGAAGACGGAUGCUCUGAUUUGGGUGGUGGAUGCGACUGAUCGUCUUCGAAUUGAUGAUUGUCGCGAGGAAUUGGCUGGUUUGUUGUUAGAGGAGCGUUUGAUGGGUGCGAGUUUGCUCAUAUUUUUGAAUAAGACGGAUGUUGGCGGGUGCAUGACGGAGAGCGAUAUACACGAGGGCCUCCAAUUGGAUGCAAUCAAAACGCACAAGUGGGCUAUAUUCCCAUGCAGCGCCAUGACCGGGAAGAAUUUGCAUGAAGGCCUGGACUGGGUGGUCCAAGAUGCAAAAGACAGACUUUUCUUGUACUGA